AUGACUGUCCUGGUCAUCAUCAAUGCAGCGGGCGCCGGUUUCGCUGCACCGAGCGUGCUGGUUACGAGACCUGUAUCCAGGGUGUCACUGGAGUGGUUACCGAUGGACAAUCAAACUAUAUAUAGAUUAGAGGAAGGGGAGAGUCGAAACCUGGAAUUGAAUACCACACUGAUAUCACAGACAGUGGUAUAUAUUACAGUGAGCCCGUGUUCACGACACUUGCACUGGGCGUUCUAUCGUGGACCGGCAGGCACUAGUAAUACUCAACUUAUACUGGUCGAGGAAAAUGGUGGCGGAGAGAUGCACACGAUUAAAUUUCUUAUAUCAAAACAGGAAAGAUAUGUGUUGCAGUUGUCAUCACCUAAGGGCGGUGCGGCGGCGGUCAGCGUCCGCGGUGAAGCUACCCGUUUAGUGCGUGUGCGUUUGCGUGUCAAAUCUAAGCGGAGAUUAUCGGCCAACUGGGACCCUAGCCCAAUAGAUCCUCAAGAAACGACAUACUGCGUAGUCACAUCCCACAGAAAGAACUACACAUCUCUAUGCGCAGCUCAAUACGACAUUAGAUCCAGUCAAGCGGAGAAGCAGAAUCGCUUCUCAGAUGAAGACCCAUCAAAUGAAACUGAUCGGUCAAAAUCGAACUCAUUCAAUAAUACCAUAACACAAAGUAACAGAAUUGAAAUCGAUGACGGUUUUAAUAUUUUCGAAGAGAAUUUCAAAAGUCUUUACAGAAGAAAGAAGUUUGGUCGUAGUACAAAAGUAUCAAAUGAGGAUCCGGUAGUCGCGUGUGUUGGAGAUAGAACUCACCAUUUAAUUGAAAAUUUAGAUCCAAGCACGACAUAUUUUGUAAGUGUUUUCGGCGUGGCACGAGAUCGAAGAGCUGGUUCCUUACUUACAACUGGCACUGUCCGACCUCGAACAUCAACAGCUAAAAGACUGAGAGAAAAUGUACCAUAUAGAGCUGAUAUUAAAGGCAAAAAUGUUUAUUACCUAAAGACCUCAUCUGGUGGAUCAGGUAUAUGGUUAGUAGUAUCAACUUGCAGUGGGUCUGUGGACAUAGAAGUAUCUGUUAGAGGGAAAAGAUUGUACGUCGCCAAGAACAUUGAAUCACAUUCGAAGUUUUAUAUACCGCCACCAGUAACAAGUUCAUCUAUACAAGAAACUAGCGAUGAAGGCUCCGUUCAAUUCGAUUCAAGCUCCGAAGAGGCUAAAAUAAGAUAUGUUAUGCGAGUUUUUCCGAACAAAUGGUAUCGAGAUGAAGCAGUCACAGUCGAGCUCACAGCGUCAACGUCAAGAUGGGGCAUGAGCAUUCCCGAGCUUGUGGAAGAUGGUGGAACUGUUCGUGAGCUUAGACCAAGGAGAUCGUGUAGAUCCGUGGACAUCGCCUUCCUACCCGCAACACAUAAUGCUACUGAUGUUAUUAGAUAUUGUAUUUUAUCUCGUGAAAUAACUGAUAGUGACGUCACAAUCUGUGCUUUAACAAAAAAAUCUGUAACGAAGACUCAGUGCAUAAGUCAUAUGCAGCGACCUCCAACAAGGGUGAUCGUACAGAAAGUGGUUGGAUUGAAAGCUGGAAGAAAAUAUGCCAUACAAGUUACUGCUUCAUCAAAAGGAAGUCACGUGCCAUACAAAAUUUUGUACGUUGAUACAAAUGUGUCAUGUAAAGAUGAAUAUUAAUUAUCAACUAUUAAGCGCAUUAGAAAAUCAGUAUUAGGUAUAUUAUUAUUUUAUUGUAUGUGUACUGUGAAUUUUUCAUAAAUAUUAUUUCCAACCAGUUUUACUGGUUUGAAGCUUUCAUGUAUAUAAAAACGUUGAACAAAUAUGUAUUUAUUUUUCUAAAUCAUACUAUAAUAAAUUUAAAAAUAAAAGUGAAAUAAUUAGUUGUAAGCUACAUGUAAGUUUUAAAGUUUAUAUCAGAGAGGCAUUUUUUGUAAUUAUCAUAAAAAUUGUCAAUAACAUAGAUAUUAUUUAAAUUUAAUACCGUAAUGAAUUUCCUAAUAGAUUUACAUGAAUUCACCCUAUUAUAAAUAAGUUUCUUGUGGCAUUUAGUUGAACAGAUAUGUAAGUUCCUACUAUUUUUAUGCAGAGUGUAUUUAAAUAUAUAAUUAUUAUAAGUGAUAAGAAA